AUGGAGUGCAGGCGAAACUACGCCGCCCACACUGCCGGCCUCGCCGUUGAUGGCCUUUUGUAUGUGAAGAUUACUGAUCCGACUGUCCAAAAUCAGGAAUCUUACAUCUGCGCCACCUGUGGUUGUCAUCGGAGUUUCCACCGCAAGCAGGAGGAACUCAACCACUUCGCCGCCGCAGCACCGCUUUCACCGCUCCCUCCUCCGCGACCACCACGCCGAUCACAUCGACAGCCACCACAGCCAGUACCGAUACAACCACAACCAGAUCCACCAAAAAAAGAUUGGAUGGAGAUGGAUGAUGAAUCCAAGCCACUGAAGAAGCGAAAGAUGGAUGAUAAAUCGAAGCCACUCAAGAAGCGAAAGGCUGAAGAGGAAUUACAUGUGUUAGAUCUUGCAACUAAAACCAGAAUUUUGGAUGAGUUUGAAAUUAAUAGAAGAAGGGAUGUAAGAGAUGAGUUGUGGAAGUUAAGCUAA